UACUCCAUCAAAGAGUAGCUGUUCAGUAUGCAUAUAGGUGGAGGUACAUGAUCGAUAAGAUCAUUUUUCAUAUUUUGCUUUUCAUAAUAGUGAACCAAAGCGAUGUGGACGUUGGUAUGGUCACAAGCAACCUCCUUCGCUGCUCAGAUGAUUUUGCAGCUAACCGGCCCGUACUUGGCAUCCCUUUCUUGGACUCUAAUUCGCACUAACAGAGGAGCUUCUUAUGGGACGUCUUUCGAUACGUUUGGUGUCCUCAAGUCAGUACUGACCCGAUGUUUUGUGGAUGACUUGGAGCAUCAUAAGCUGUCACUACCAUGAUGCGCGGUGAGCCUGGCCUUCUAUAUAAUUGUUAUUGGCUGAUAGCUAGACAGUUGAUAGAUAAU